GCUCGACGUUACCGUGGAUCCUGCCCUGGUGCCACCCGAGCGCGUGGAGUCGCAGAGCUUCUACCCCGGGGCGGAGCCCAGGCUGCUGCUGAAGCACGUGCAGAAGUGGGUCGACGCCCUCCAGAAACGGAAGUAUCACGUUCGAGCCCUGGGGACAGACAUUGAGGGCCGCUCCCGUCUUAUAUGUCGUUACGUGAGGCCACAGGCGCCCCCGCCGCAUAUCAACCCCAGCGACCCCUUUGCGAUCGAGGCUGCAGCAAGGUAUGUGUCCUUGAUCCCCUUCCUGUGCGACAACGAGAUGUUUCCCAAUGUCCAGGACCUCUGGUGCACCGAUCAAGAGUUUCUGAACAUCCAGUGCGGGGACUGGGAGGAGCACGCGAUUUUACUGUGCAACUACUUCAACUACAUUGACCGAUACCGGCGAGACAAAGUCGACGGCUGGCUCAAUACCGAAAUCCAGUCCUACUGCGCGCUGUGCACCGUGGUGCCCCAGGGUGAGAUCACAGUCGUGGUUCGCCGAGACAUGCAGUCAGGACACUGCGAGCUGUGGCAGGCGUCGUCCGGCGAGUGCUUCUUCGUCCCACACCGCAGGAAGCCCGCGCGCCGGCUGUGCCCCGCGCGCCGAGGCGACGCAGAGGCCGCCAGGCGCGCUCAGCUGCCGGGCACGCCCUUCGUCCCAGUGCGGCACAUCGACGUGCUCUUCAACCAGGAGAACGUGUGGGCGAACCUGCAGACGAUGGACAAGGAGUCGCAGUCGAGCGUGAGGGGCAUCGACUUCGACUUGGACAAUGCGUCCUGCUGGAUGCCUCUCUUCCCUGGCGGCUACGCCGAGCUGCGCCGCUUCUCGGACGAGCCGCGCCGCGGCUCGGACACCUCCCCGACCCCGACCUCGGCGGCUGCGGACGCCGUGGGCGACAACAGGCGGGUGCACUUGGACUACACGCUGGAGGACCCGUCGCAGGCUCUCGUGUACACGCCCGCCGACGAGCAGCUCAAGUUGAGGCUGGAGAGGAAGUUCGAGAGCGACCUCGAGGCGCAGAUACGAGACGUCCGGGCCAGCGGCGAGUACUUGGGCUACCAGACGAUCACCAACUUCAACCACGUCCUGGCCAUGCGCCUGGGCGAGCUCCUGGAGGACCUGGAGCAGUACUGCGGGUGCCGCCGCAGCAGCGGGUCCGAGGCCGUCUUCCCGCUGCGGUCCAGCGGCGCCCUGCCGGUGUCGCUGAGGAGCGUCGAGGCCCACAUGCAGAGGAUCGAGCAGGAGUUCCAGAGGCUGGACGGCGGGUCCCGGACCGUGUACGGUCUGCCCUUCAACAAGCCGUACACGGACUUCAGGCGGAUCUGGCAAGCCGUGCGCGACUCCCGGGUCCUGGAGCUCGGCGGCGAGGAUUUGGCGGAGGCUAUAAGUGCGGGUUUUCCCGUAUGCUUGCGGCGUCCUCAGCGUGUGGGUUUUCAUCGCUUGCGCCACCGUCGAUUGAGUAAAUAUUUGAUGUUGGCUGGACCCCGCCAACUGGGGUGUGCAUCGCGUUCGCGAUGA